AUGAUUACAAAGUUCUUUACAAAAGUUGUUGUGAAGUUCAACCCAUUCGGAAAGGAGGCAAAAACAGCUAGACUUUUUCUUAGCUCGAUCCCACCAACUCAAAGGGUAGGUGGCACUUCGAUACAGAACGUAAUACUAUCUGGAAAUUCCACUGAAAAACCCGUUGUCAAGGUUUUUUUCAAAGAUAAGUCUGAAAUGGAGAUAGAUCCCAGCACAGUCACAUUCAAAGAGAUAGGGAACUUUUUUGAUCGUCAUUCGAGGAAGUUACACUUGAAAGAAAGUAUCGAGUCCCAAUAA